AUGGGUAGUUCAAUAUGUAUAUUUGGGCAAUUCCCAAACUGUCCGUUAUUUAUUGGCGAUCGAAUUCGGGAAGUUACUUUACUACCGAUGAAAAUGGAUCACUUUGAUAUCAUCCUUGGCAUGGAUUGGUUGUCUAAACAUCGAGUGACCAUCGACUGCAAAGCCAAACAAAUCAUCUUCGGUCACGUCAAUGAACCCGAAUACGUGUUCCAGGGUGUUUCACCUGAGAAGGGAACUCGUGUUAUCUCAAAAGUAAAUGUUAAAGCAAUGGUAUGGCAAAGAUGUGAAGGAUUAUGCCUUAAACUUGAAGAUAUUCCUGUUGUUAAUAAAUUUCAAGAUGUCUUUCCAGAUGAACUUCCAGGAGUUCCUCCGGAAAGGGAAAUUGAAUUUACAAUUGAUCUUGUUCCGAGAGCUGCAUCUAUCUCAAAGGCUUCGUAUCGUAUGGCUCCGACCGAAAUGAAAGAACUUAAGGAACAACUUGAAGAUCUUUCUAAUCGUGGUUUCAUUCGACCCAGU